AUGCCCACACCUCCUUUUUCAAACGAUCAAUGCGAACGUUGUAAUACUGCUUAUACAUUAAUAAAACGCAAAAAAAACUGUAUUGUCUGUCGACAAUCAUUUUGUCCAAAUUGUGCACCACGUGAACGUCAUUAUCCCUGUCGAGUUUGUCUCAUUUGUCAACUGAUAUCCAGCGAAUCAAGCACACAAGAACAAUUACUUGCUGUCAAAGUCAAACAUUUACGAUCAUAUCUACAAGCGAAAAAUAUACCAAAUCAUACAUGUACAGAAAAACAAGAGCUUGUUGAUCUAAUUGUUCGUAGUCGACAUUUACCAUUUCACUAUCUUCAACAACAAGCAGCUCAAAAUAAUUCGACAAAUUCAAAUAACAAUUAUUUUACAACACAAACAACAAUACCUCCAAAUCAGCAGUUUCAAACAAAUUAUUUCAACACAACAUCAUUUUCUACAAGUGCUUCGUCAUCGUCUUCAUCUUCAACAGCGUCAAACAUGCCUCCUCCUCCUCCUCCGCCCAAACAAACAAAUAGUAACCCUUCGCAUCCAUUUACAAAUUUUCAACAUACAAUGUCAUCGUUUGCUAGUCAAAUGAAUCAUUUUGCCGCUAAUCUACAGGAUUAUGUGUCGAGCACAGUUUCCGGUGUUUUACAUCAUGCAUUACAUCCACAACAUCCAGAAGCAAAUAAUACCAAUACAAAUCAUACUUCAACACCAAAUAGCGGAAAUACGUCGUCAUUCAAUUUUGGAACAACAAUGAAUGCACCCGGCUUCGCUUCAUACACAUUUUCAUCUCCUGGAAGUUUUGUUUAUACAUCAUCGACAAAUGGAAAUCAGCAAACACCACCAUCAGACAAUGCACAAUAUCAACAGCCGCCACCACAACAAAAUCGACGAUCAAAUCCUCAACCAAAUCGUCAUCGACAAGGCACUUCUUCAUCAACAACAAAUUUGCAUAAUCCUGAUCAACGAACUGCGAACAAUAUGCAUCACAACAGCCAAAGCACGCCAACAAAUUUACAAGCAUCAAAUAAUAGUAAUCAGAAUGUUGAAGGAGCAACAGCUCAACCACCACCACAACGUAUCAGACGCAAAUCUUUGAGUGAUAUAAAAGACGAUCAGAAUAUUGAAGAUUUAUCGAUAAAAGAGUUAAAAGAAAUAUUAGCAACAAAUUUUGUUAAUUAUAAGGGUUGUGUAGAAAAAAGUGAAUUAAUUGAAAAAGUUCAACGUUUAUAUCGAGAUAGAACGAGUCAACAAGAAAAAGCUAAAGAGUUAGAUGGGAUGUCGACUGGAGAUACUGAAUUAUGUAAAGUCUGUAUGGACAGUACUGUUGAAUGUGUAUUUCUCGAUUGUGGUCAUAUGGUAACCUGUGUGAAAUGUGGAAAAUUGUUGGCUGAGUGUCCCAUUUGUCGACAAAAUAUUAUUCGUGUUGUGCGAUUGGAUAAUGUUGGUAAUUUAUCUUGGAUACAACGGUCGUUUAAAAAGCGUGAAUGUGUCAAAUUUAUACCAGUUCUUAGUCAGCCAGAUCACUGUCACUGUGGAAAAGCCUACUAUCUACAUGAUGAACAACAUGUCAGUAGUAAUCACAACUUCUUAUCGACGAACGAAAAAUGGUCAACACAAAGAAACACAGAAGUUUAUCCAACUGAUGCUUAUGGUACAAUCGAGUUCGAAGGACAGCAACAUCCAACAAAAGCACAGUAUGUGAGAUUAGCUCAUGAUACGCGACCAGAUCUGAUCUUAAAAUUAUUCAUUAAAGAAUGGAAUUUAAAAUUACCACGUCUCGUUAUUUCAAUUGAUGGCGGUAUCGCUAAUUUUGAACUUCAACCUAAGUUAAAACGUGUAUUAAAAAAAGGCCUUUUUCGAGCGGCUAAAACGACGGGAGCAUGGAUUAUCACGAAUGGGACAAAUACUGGUGUGGUGAAGCACGUUGGUGAUGCUUUAUUCGUCAAAUCACCAAAAGUCAAAUCGGACAUCGUUGUCAUUGGUUUCGCGCCUUGGGGCGUGGUGGAAGGGCGAGAAACUUUUAUUGGAGCAAAUAAACUUGUUUCGUAUCAUUCUAUGACAACUCCGACAAAAAAUUGUGCUACUUUAAACAGUAAUCAUUAUUAUUUUCUUUUGGUUGAUAAUGGAACAACGGGAAAAUUUGGAGGUGAAGUUGUAUUACGAAAAAAAUUUGAACGUUUCUUGUCAAGGCAGAGAUCAAUGAACAUUCCUGGUCAUGCAAAACUGUCAAAUAUUCCUGUUGUCUGUGUUGUUGUCGAAGGCGGAACAAAUACAAUUCGCAUGGUGCUUGAAAAUGUUACGAAUAUUCCCUCUGUUCCAGUUGUCGUGUGUGAUGGUUCAGGUCGUGCUGCAGAUCUAAUUGCGUUUACUCAUCGUUAUGCUAGAGAUGAUGGUACAAUGCCACUUGAAAUUCAAGAACAGCUAAUUCAAACGAUCAUUAAAACGUUUGGCUAUACUCGAGAACAGGCGCAAAAUUUGUUUCUUGAAUUAAUGCUAUGUGUCAAACGUAAAGAUCUUAUAACCGUUUUUCGAAUGGGUGAAGAAUCACAAGAUAUUGAUUUAGCAAUAUUAACAGCACUUCUUCGAAGCCAAGGAUCAUCACACUUUGAUCAAUUAACAUUAGCAUUACAUUGGAAUCGUGUUGAUAUUGCACGAAGCUACUUUCAUCAUGGCCAUCAAUGGGUCGAAAAUGAACUAUACCAAAUUAUGAUGUCAGCACUUGUAACUGAUAAAGUAGAAUUUGUUCAAUUGUUACUUGAGAAUGGAAUAUACAUGCAAAAAUUUUUAACCAUAUCGCGUUUAGAAGAACUUUAUAAUACUAAAGAAGGACCGCCAAAUACAAUUCAUUUUAUCAUGAAAGAUAUCCGAAAAUUAAGAAAAACUGUAAGUCUUGGUCGAUAUACAUUACCAGAUAUUGGUUUAGUUAUUGAAAAGUUAAUGGGCCAUGGAUACCGUUCGAAUUAUACUCGUCGUCGUUUUCGUCAUCGUUAUGUUAGUUUAAACGAAAAGUUAAAAGUGAAGCGAACGAAAAGUGACAUUGAUGAUACUUUUCCGUAUCCUUAUAAUGAAUUAUUAUUGUGGACUGUGUUAAUGAAACGUCAUCAGAUGGCCAUAUUUAUGUGGCAAAGAGGCGAAGAAGCAAUGGCAAAGGCCUUAGUAGCUACAAGAUUAAAUAAAUCAUUAUCGAAAGAAGCUGAUGACGAUGAAUUAGAAGUUGAGGUGUCAGCAGAAUUAGGCAAUUAUGCUGAACAAUUUCGUCAAUUAGCAUUAGGAAUUCUCGAACAAUGUUACAAAGAUAAUGCCGAUAAAACAUGCCAACUAUUGACGUAUGAAUUAAAAAAUUGGAGUGAUUGGACAUGUCUUUCAUUGGCUGUUAUAGCACAUCAUCAAGAAUUUGUUGCUCACAAAUGCUGUCAAAUGUUAUUAAACGAUUUAUGGAUGGGAGGCAUGAGCAUACGACGCUAUAGUUUUAUUUAUGUGAUUGGUGCAAUUCUAUUUCCACCACUUGUAUUUCGAAUUGAAUUCAAAACUCCUGAGGAAUUACAACAGAUGCCAAAAACAGCUGAAGAACAUUUGGCUACUCACGAAGAUGGUGAAAUAUCUGAUAAUGAUGAAGAUGAUGAAAAAGAGGACAAUGAAAACCUAAUGGUUUUUGAGCCACCACAGCCUCAACAAAGUGUUCAGGAAAUACCCAUUGAUCGUAGUUUACUGCAACAAUCCCAAAAUGGUGAAUUCGAUUCUUUGAUACAACUUACAUCAUCAAGGAUUGCUCAAUACAAAAAUACACUCGAUUCAACGAAUAUUGCUGCCACCAAUAUCGUAGCAGAUACACAUAGCCACCACAUUUCUGUGGUGCCACAAUCGUCGUUAACAACGUUUCUAACACCAAAACAGCAACAACCAAGACAAAAACAAACGAGUCUGUCUUGGAUAAGACGAUUUAUUCUUAAUUUAUCGAACAGAAACAAAAAUAAUCAUGAUAUUAAUCAAUUUCAGUCAACAAUAGAUGAGACGGCUGGUGGCGAACGUGUAAGAAAACGAACAUUAUCUAUUAAAGAACGUUUUUAUGAGUUUUAUAAUGCCCCAAUAACAAAGUUCUGGCAAAAUGCUCUAUUCUUUUUAUUAUUUCUCUUAUUAUUUACUUACACUGUAUUGGUACGUACUCCUGCUAAACCAAGCAUUCCAGAAAUACUUGUGACGAUUUAUUUGGGGACAUUUGCACUGGAUACAACAAGAGAGAUACUUUUUACUACAUCACCCCAUUUUAUAAGAAAAUUAACUCUAUAUUUUUCUGAUUUUAUCCAUAUAUUUGAUACUUUGGCAUUAUUAGCUUAUGGCAUUGGAUUCGCAUUACGUUUUCAUCCUCGUACUAUUCAUAUUGGUCGUUUAUUCUACUGUCUCAAUGUUAGUUAUUGGUAUUUACAUUUAUUGAAUUAUAUCGGUGUGAAUAAAACAGUGGGACCGUACAUUAAUAUAGCUGCUCAAAACUUGAUUGAUUUGUUUAAUUUCAUCAUCAUUAUUCUCGUUGUACUCAUGUCAUUCGGUGUUUCACGUCAAGCAAUUCGUUAUCCUAAUAGAUCGUGGACAUGGGAUUCUGUCAAACAAAUAUUUAUUGAACCUUAUUUUAUGAUCUACGGUGAAGUUUAUGCGGAUACAAUCGAUCCACCCUGUACAGAUGAAAAAUCUUCAGAACCGGAAUGUCAACCUGGUUUUUGGAUAACACCAAUUACAAUGACCGUAUUUUUGAUAUUUUGUAAUAUAUUGCUAUUAAGUAUAUUAAUAGCUACUUUCAAUAAUACCUAUUUACGUAUAAGUAAACAAUCAGAUCAAUUAUGGAAAUAUCAACGAUAUUUUAUAGUUUUGAAAUAUGAAGCUAAACCAAUGUUAGCACCUCCACUUAUAUUCAUCUCUCAUAUAUUAUUUAUUCUUAAAUUAAUUUAUCGUUGUUGUCGAUCAAAAAAAUUGAAAUUUGAUCAUGGUCUAAAAUUAUUUUUAACUGAGAAAGAAGUAUUUGACAUACAUGAUUUUGAGGAAGAAAAUAUGGAUGAAUAUUUUGUGAUCAAAGAUAAACUAUUAAGAAAUACAACGGAAGAACAAGUCGCUGUUACAGCUGAGAGAGUUGAUAGUAUAGCAUUACGUACAGAUGAUAUAUAUCAACGUGAAACACAUAAUAAAAUUGUAUUACAAAAUCUUGAUUGGCGUUUACAACGUUUAGAAGAAUUGAAUUUACAAAUAUUUGAUACUGUUCAAACAAUUGCUUCAGGUUCUUCAUUUCCGCAUAAAACAACAUUUCAAUCACCAUUUGUCAAGGAUGAUUGUCGACGAUCAUUUGCUUUGAAAUCUCCUGUUGUUAGACGCGAUCAGCAUGAUAUUGCUGUUCAAUAUAAAUCAAAGAAUUAUAAUUUUGAAACUAGUGCUGAAAAUAUUCCAAUUCCACGAAUUUCUCUUCAUGGUUCUCAUGGAAUUAUAUCCCAUCACUUUGAUUCAAAAUUAAUAACUGAUAAUGAUGAAUUAUCACAAUAUCAUUCUCAACUAAGAAAGAUAAAACGACGAUCUUCACUGUCACCACCAUUAUGUGUUAGAUCACAUCCGAUUUCUAAUUUUACAUUUGAAUCUAAUGAACCAUCCACUAUUCGACCAAGAUUGGAACCAAUUUCAAAAAAAACUAACUAUAAUAUUCAUGAAAAAAUGAUCAAUAGCCCAUCAUUACAUAAUAUUCCAUUGUCAUCGAUCACAUCUCUCCCAUCAUUUCAAAUGAGACAAAAAAAUUUACCACAAUUAUUAACUGUACCUAAAAAUCAAUCAUCUAAAGGCAUCUCAUUAAUGAAAAAAUCUUCAACGAUUAUUGAUGGACAAAUGAAGCAUAGUGAUGAACAAUCGUUAGAAAAUGCAUUCAAAAUAUUAAAUGUUAAACAGUUAACUAGUAACGUAGAACAAAAUGAAAAUUAUUAUCAUGAUUCAGAUGUUGCAUAUAUAUCAACGGUCGGUGUUAAAAUAAAUGAAUAUACAUCUAUAACAGAUUCAAUUGAUACAAGUAUGUAUGAUCGUUCAACAAGUCCCAUACAAUAUUCAUCUAGUUUAACUAGUGAAGAAAUGAAACAAUUACGAUCGGAAAAAACGAUGACAAAAAAGAAUAACAAUGCUCAAGAUGAUGAUAUGUUACAUUCAGCCGAAGAAUCUACACACAAUUUAAUUGGACAAUUUAUUAAAAAACGUGUUAGAAAACUAUCAAUAACAAAUGUGAAUAAUCAUAGCAAUAUAGAGCAAACAAUAUAUCAACAACGACGACAUUCAUUAUCGGACAGUAAAAAUAAUACAGAAAUAACAAUCUCAUUAUUAAAUAUACCAAGUGAUUUAAAUAUUAGUUCAUCAUCGAUUGAUGACAUGGUGUUUGCCGCAUUAUUUUGUAUAUUGAGUAUAAGUACAAAUCGUUGGUAUACAACAUCUACAAUUCAAGCUGGUUUAUGGAAAAUUUGUCGUACUAGUCCAGGAAUACCAACAUUGUGUUAUAGUAGUUUGAAUCGUACAUCAGCUAUAUUUGCAUUAUCCGGAUUAAUAUUGAUAUUCAUCGGUUUAAUUCUGACAAUUGUAUUGACUCUAUUUGGCUUAGAACGACCAGAACAAAAACGAAAUAUAUCCUGUCUUACGACUAUUGUUUUAUUGCUCGGUUCAAUUUCUCUUGGUAUCAGUUACGUAUCAUAUUCAAAUAUUCAACGACAAUUUGGUUAUUCUUAUUUUUUCAUGAUUAUUUCACAGGUCUUCACAUUUUUAGCAACAACGUUAACAGCAUUUUCAGUGGGAAGAAUAAUUCCAGUUGCUUGA